CACAAAGCACUAUCUCUCCACAGUCACUGCUCUUUAUGGUCCACUGAUAAAGUUUACACUUUAAAUGAUCGAGUGCCUCUAAGACGUUUACAAGACACAGAGAGCAAUAGGCUACAGCAGAAACAGCAAGGCCCAGCAGAAUGGAGGAGAAAAAGGACGAAAGAGAAGAAAACAAACGGGAUGAGGGAGAAAGUGAAGAGAAGAGAGCGAAGACUGCACUGGGGAUCUUCAGCAGGGAGCCGUUCAUCAUGCUCUGUGUUGGAGUUGGUUUGCUCCUGCUGCUCACCGUCAUCACUGUGACCUCAGUGCUUCUGACCAUGAACUCAGGAUCAGGAGGCUCGGAGACCGUGGUGUCGUUCCCUACAGAUGGAGAUAUGCUGGAAUUUCUCCUCCAAAAUGGAGAGAUUCAGGAGAAGGAUGGGCUCUAUGCCACAUGGUAUCACGCUGCGAACAGCAAAGCUGAAAUGAACAAAGCUCUGGAAAGUGGAGUCAUGAUUCUGGAGGCCGAUGUGAACGUUGAAGGCCAUAACACCGUCAACGAAACCAACAUUCCAAUCAUGGCCCAUCCGCCAGACGUCUACAGCGACAACACUAUGGAAGAGUGGCUAGACGCUGUACUCAAAUCUAAGAAAGGAAUAAAGCUGGACUUUAAAAGUCUUCAGUCUGUAGAGCCCUCACUCAAUCUUCUGAGGAUCAAGAAUCAAACCGGAAUAAACCGUCCUGUAUGGAUAAAUGCUGAUAUUCUUCCAGGCCCAAAUGUUCCUAGUUUCUGGCCCGUGGUCAACGCAACUCGGUUCCUGGACCUCAUUCAGAAGAAGUUUCCAGAUGUCACCAUUUCACCAGGCUGGAAGGUUCUUUACAUUCCGCUCAUCCCAAAUGUGACAUACACCCAGGCCAUGGUGGAGGAAAUGUAUGACACUGUCAAACACCUUCCCCAAAAAAUCACCUUUCCUGUUCUGGCAGUCAUGGCCAAGAAUGGAUGGCCACAUCUCAGCUGGCUCCUUAGUCAGUCUUCCAGGUUCAGUUUGACCUUGUGGCAGGGGGAGGACAACCCGACUCUGGAUGACCUUCUCUUCAUCAGGGACAACAGCAACCCUCAGCGCCUCUAUUACGACAUCUACGAGCCGGUGCUGUCCCAGCUCAAAGAGGCUGUCAAGCAGAAAGACCGACCCAGAAGGUUCUACCCGGGUGGGGACAUCGUGGACUAUUUCAAGCCUGCGAACAGUGAUGGCCUAAACAUCCUGUGGGACACUGUGGCUGAUAGAGGCUCUCUGCUCUCUUUGCUCGAAGACAGCCCUGGUGGGAUGCUUGUGAUUCCAGUAAUAUCUGGCUCAGGAACGUCAAAGAUUCCAGUGGUUGAGGACUCUCAGCCAGAGUUGCCGCUCCAAGACUGCUUGGAACUGAUCGUGGCCUCCAAAAAGCCAUGGGGCAUCUACCUGAGAGUCAAGUCUCAAAGCCAACUGGCCGUCUCACUGCAGUUACUUCGGCAGGCCUAUGAUAACGAUCUACUGUACCACCCAACCUGGGUCAACAUGGAUGUGGCUUAUGGAGCCUUCAGUGUUCAAGGCUACAUCACAGGCCAGGAGUUUCUGAGGACCAUUGACCAGAACUUUCCGUAUGUGACCAUAGCUCCAAGCUGGCCCCCGGAGGUUCUUCAUGAGGGUUACACACCCCAGCUGGUGGAGGACAUGCUGGAGCUUUUCCAGGGAACCUUGCAGAGCGUCUCACUGCAGCUGCAGGCUGACCAUCUGGAGAGGUCAAAGGAUGGACUUGGAAGUCUACUUCAACGCCAGUCACGUUUUUCUCUUACAGUGGAGCACAAGGCAGGGAAGGAAGAACUUAAAGAAGGAACCCAGAGUUUGACGUCUGUUCAUGAAUGGAAUAAACAGCAGACCUUUUACAACGUACCGAAAGCAUAUAAGGGGUCCGUAAUAGCAAGGCUGUCUGACUAGAGUUGGGCCAUAUUCAUUUUUCAAAAUGGACCAAAAUGGACUUUUUAAAUAUCGCAAAACAUCAUCAUUAAUAUUAGACAAAAGACAUUUAUGGGGAAUUUUUUUUGCCUAAUUUGGCUCCUGCAUUUUAUAUCCUGGCCACAAGGUGGCGCUAAAUAGAUGUUGAGCAUAUCUUUGGGGGGAAAAAACCUCCGCCACAGUGCAAAAACAAUUUCCUUGGCAGAAAAUCUUCUGAUACAUAUUCCCUUCAUCUAAAGGACGCCAAAGACUCGGAAUGUGACACGAAUUUACGACACAAAAACGCUAAAUAUUCAGAAGUGCACACAACUGUAAUUUCCAUAACUCUGCUUAAGAUGCUUUCGAAGACAACGGAUUACACAAAUGUUUGCCAGUUCAAAUCAUCUGAGAAAAGGCAAAUAAAAUAGUGCUUUUGCUGUCUGAAUGCAUUUAAUUGCAUUUGAUGUGCAAGAUAUUAGUUACACAUGUUCAAAUGAAUUUAUUGACAUCCAAAUUAAGGAUGUAACAAUAAAGUAUAUUAUAUAUUACAGCAGUAUAUUAUUUUGCAAGGCAUCAUAAUGUUUUAUCAUGAACAGCAUUAUAGCACGGGCCUAGUGUGUGGCUAACACAGACUUGUGGCUUGACCAUCCGACUGGGACACCUUAAAGCAUUUUUGUGUCAGAUGUUGUACUUUUAUCAGUU